GCACGGUGAGGUCUGGUUGGGAAUGUUCCUUUAUUUACAUCAGCUCCGGGUCGUCGUCGUCGUCGUCGUCGUCGUUGUUUUUGUGAAAGUCUGGGACUCGCUUGGUUCUUUAUCUGUCAUUAAGUCCUGAGAGACAGAACAGAGGACUGCCGGCUUUGUAUCCAGUUUAGUGAUCCAGUGACAAACGCUUUUUGCCUGAGGAAUUUGUUUCUGCUGCAAAAUCUAUUUAAUAUGAUCCGAAUGAAAAGUAGAUAUCUUUUCUGGCCUUUACGAUCAUAACAAGUUAACUUUUGUGAUACAGUCAUCACGUUUAAGUUAAAACUUGCAUCAUGUUGAGUUCUGCUACGUGGAACAAAGAGAAAUCCAACGUGACACUUCGAGAUGAACCUAAGUAUUAUUUGGUUGCUCAAGAGUGUAAUGCGAUUAAUAAACAUACACAAAUGCCAUUGAGAAUAGUAAGAGGCAGCAUAUUAAUGCUUCAUGAUCGUGGUCCUCAACUAUCAAACAUUCAUAGUAACAAAAAUAAGAGAGGGAUUGUCACUGUGCAAUGCUUAGAACAACCGUAUAACACCAUGUUUGUUGAAGAAAAAGAUUUACAAGAAAUUGAGGGGAGAGUGGCUGAAUUGCUUUUAGCUGUUUCAACCUGUGAGGAGAGGCAUGCUCUGUCCAAAAACAAGUCAAAACUGCAGAAAGCACUCCAAAUUGAUUAUGAUUCGAAAGUUAAAGUUCAACUGCGGGCCGGAGGAGAAAAACUGCCUGGUAUUGUACGAUUCAAGGGAUCAUUGUUGCAGAGCAAGUUUCUGUCUGAAUUGUGUUUUGGAGUGGAAUUAUUGGAAGAAGGCAGGAAUCAAGGCUACACAGACGGCUCGUACAAAGGAAAGCAACUCUUUCACUGUGAUGAUGAUUGUGGAGUUUUUGUUCCUUUCGACAAACUGGAACUUGUUGAAGAGGAAGAGGACACUGAACUCGAAUCUGGCAAUGAUGAAAUGUUUUUGUAUAGUGGCAAAUCUGCCAUAGAAAUUAACUCGAGGGUGUCUACCAUUAUUGAGAAUGAAGUUGUGUAUGGAACAGUCGUAUUCUGCGGCCUGUUGUCAGGAAAAGAAGACUAUGGCUAUUUUCUAGGUGUUGAUAUGGAUAAUGUUUCAGGUGAUUGGGAUGGCACAUGGGAAGGAAAAAUGUUGUACAAUACUUCACAUGGAAAGAUCUCUCUUCUCUGGAUAGAAGAUGUAAAGCGAGACACCUCAGAAACACGGCCGCUGAAACAAAACUUUGCAUCAAAAGGUAUUAAUGAGAAAAUCUCUUCAAAUGUGAGCGGCAGAUCAAAGAGCAAAGGACUAGUUUCACAAUCGGGAAAAUCUCCAGGCCAUAAUAGGAACCGGUCUGAAUUACGUUGCACCUUAAAUGGUGCAUCCAUUGAUCCACAAAAAUCAAAAAGUACAUGGUAUAUUGAUGAAGGAAGUGAAGAUACAGCAAAAUCACUAGUAGACACACAUUCCAAGUUGAGUCAGUCACCACCCACAACGCCUUCUCUUCAAGCUUCCCUUUCAAAUGAAAACAAAUUCCAUUCAUUGCCCUUCAGCCUUACCAAGAAACCCAGUGUAAAUGGAAGCAUAGGUCAUACUCUUUCCUUGUCUGUCCAGUCAGUAAUGAUGGAUGUGAAUACCAGUGCAAAUCAAGAUGCUGAACCAGGAGGAUUAUCAACGAUAGAGCAGCCCAAUUUGGAAAUAGGAUCAUUGGUGCAAGUAAAGGAAAAUCCUCCUCUCUAUGGAGUAAUUCGGUGGAUUGGGCAACCUCUUGGGGUUAAUGAACAAAUAGCUGGACUUGAACUUGAAGAAGAAAGCGUAGGCUGUACAGAUGGUACGUUCAAGGGAAUACGUUACUUUAUGUGUGCAUCAAAGAAGGCUUUAUUUGUAAAACUUAAAAGCUGCCGACCUGAUUCGAGAUUCCUGUCGUUGCCUCAUCACUCCAAUCAAAUUGAAAGAUGCAAUUCAAUCGCAUUUGGAGGAUAUCGAAGUGAAGUCGUUAAAGAAAAUACGCCUCCCAAGAUGGAAAAAGAAGGCCUGGCUGUAAUGGUUGGAAAGAAAAAGGGUAUUCAAGGACAUUGCAAUUCCUGUUAUUUAGAUUCCACUUUGUUCUGUAUGUUUGCUUUUAGCUGUGUGUUGGACACGGUAUUGCUUAGGCCAAAAGAAAAAGAUGACGUUGAAUUUUAUACUGAAACCCAAGAUUUGUUACGAACUGAAAUAGUCAAUCCUUUGAGAAACCAUGGGUAUGUAUGUGCUACUAAAAUAAUGAAACUUCGAAGAAUUCUUGAAAAGGUUGAGGCAGCUUCAGGAUUUACCUCUGAAGAGAAAGAUCCGGAAGAAUUUCUCAACAUAUUGUUUCAUCAUAUAUUAAAAGUAGAACCUUUAUUGAAAAUCAGAUCAGCUGGGCAAAAAGUACAAGAUUGUUUCUUUUACCAAAUAUUCAUGGAUAAAAAUGAAAACGUUGGUGUCCCAACAAUUCAACAGUUGCUGGAAUGGUCCUUUAUUACUAGUGACCUAAAGUUUGCUGAGGCACCCUCAUGCCUAAUAAUUCAAAUGCCUCGAUUUGGAAAAGAUUUCAAGCUGUUCAAUAAGAUAUUUCCAUCUUUGGAAUUGGAUAUCACAGAUUUAUUAGAAGACACACCCAGAGAUUGUCGUAUCUGUGGAGGUCUUGCACUUUAUGAAUGCAAAGAAUGUUAUGACGAUCUUGAUAUAACUGCUGGAAAAAUUAAGCAGUUCUGCAAAGCUUGUACUACCCAAGUACAUCUCCAUCCUAAGAGGCAAGGACACAAGCAGAGAAAAGUGACUCUACCAGAACAGAUGGCUGACUAUGCCUGGAGGCAGUGUUGUGUACCCAGACAGAAAAUGAAAUUGUUUGCCGUGCUCUGCAUAGAGACUAGUCACUAUGUGGCUUUUGUCAAAUAUGGCCCUGAUGACUCAGCCUGGUUGUUUUUUGACAGCAUGGCUGAUCGGGACGGUGGGCAGAAUGGCUACAACAUCCCUCAGGUGACUCAGUGCCCUGAGGUAGGAGAAUAUUUAAAAAUGUCACCAGAGGAACUACAUGGAUUGGAUCCCAAAAGUAUCCAAGGCUUUGCACGACGGCUGCUGUGUGAUGCAUACAUGUGUAUGUACCAGAGCACGACAAUGAGUUUAUACAAGUAGACUAUGUAAACCCUCUGGUCCUUGAAGAGACAACCCUGAGUAAUUUAUUACAUUUCAAAGAAUGUCUGAUUACAAUAAAUAAAGUGAAAGUAUUGCUGUAAAAUGUUUUGCACUGUAGGAUAUGUCUAGUAUUUCUUACAUGUUUGCUAAUUGACUGUCAGAUGUGCAAUUUUUUAAGAAAAAGUCUGUUCCAGGAUGAAUUCAUGUGUAGACGAUGAACUUUUCUUCAUUUAACUUAGAAAAUGUAAAGGUACCGAUUUGUUCAUUAAUUCUAUACCUGUAAUAGAUUUAUCAUUACAGACUGAUUUAUCAUCCUGUGCAUCUUUGGAGUAGAGCUAACCAAUUGCAGUGUACACACUCGUAACUCACAUGCUAACUAUUUGGCACAUGUUGCUCGUGUUGUUGCUGUGUUCAAAAAAUUGCGAUUUUUUUUUAUUGUCUGAUCUGACCAGUCAGAUCCUUGCAUUAGGUAAUACAGAUAAAAUAGUGAUUAACAAGCUAUUCUAGAUCUUCAAGUUGAUCAUUGUGUACUGUAGGGGAAGCAAAUCUCCCCAUGUUUAUUCUUGUACAGUGAAAUCUCCUGCAUCUGAAAGAGACGCGGAUCAAAGGGAAAUUACUUCUGUAAAAUAUUAAGGAAAAAUACAAUUGCAUACAAUGUGCACAGCCUUUUCCUGCAACCAGUUAUGUUAAUGCUGUUUGCUUUUGACUCCUGUUUUCCAUGGGGUGUCGUUAGGCAUAGCAUGGACUUGAAGUUAAAAAAAUUCAUUAUACACAGGUUCAUCCUGAUUUUGCAAUGGUUUGUUAGGUUUGAAAAUGUAUUUGUACACGUUCUCAGUUGCAUUGUAAAGUACAGUGUUAUGUGCAUGAGAUCACUACCAUUUUAAAAGGUCUUCAAUUUGGUUAUGGAUAAGCAUGUAUCAGUGUAUUUUUAUCAGAAUUUUGUGCAUUGAUGGAAUACUUGAAAAGUAAUAACUGGAAUCAGUGAAGUACCCAAGUACCAAUUAUCUGGCACUAAAAUGGAGCACUCCGUGGAAGUUGUUUACCUGAAACAUUAACUCCGCUUUUCUCUCCAAAGAGGUCAGCAAAUGCGUAGGUAAUUUCCAGCAUGUUUUCCCUUUACUUCAAGCAAAUAGCUCUACCUUUACUGUGGUUUUUUUUAAGUUAUGUGUUAGCCUCCAUGACCUUCAUAACUGGAGUUACAGUAAUUCUUGACGUAGUAACUUACUUUGUAACUACGUAGUCAGCGCAUUGGAAGAGACACUGAUGGAUACCGUAUGUUUCUGCUUCAAGGAGGAUAGACAGUAAUUGUUGUUGCUUUUAGUUUGGCAUUUGCCCAGCAAGACGGUUGCACUCUCUUAAUUUGAUCAAUUCAGCAUCGUAUUUUGUGAAUUGAGCUAUUUGAAGCACAGCCUCACAAAGACAUGCCUCAAAUAAUGAAGAAGGGAGAACAUAAGCAGGCUUAGAUCAGGGUCAGGACCAGAUUUUCCCUGUGAGCUUUGUUCAUUCACUCACGCAAGAACUUCAACUAAAAUGUGCAAAGGCAAAGUUGAGAUGUUAGAGCAACACAUGAAUCUCCAAUUGAUCUUUCUACCCUUUCCAACAUCACCUGCCAACCAUACUGAAAUAUAAGUCGUCACAGAACUCAUAUAUUCGCAAUCAAACUCUGUCUUUCACUCUCAGUCCCUUCAGGAUUGAAGAUUAAUAACUUCCAUUCCAGUUCAGUGGGUCCUGUGAUGACUGAUAUUUCAGCGUGGUUGGCAGUCUGCACUACGUGUGCAGCAGGUGAUGUUGGAAAGGCUGGGUAGAAAGAUAUAUUGGAGAUAUGUCUGCUGCCUCUAACAUCUUGACUUUGCCUUUGCACAUUUUAGAUGAAGUUCCUGUGUUUGGUGCCAUCUUAAAUAAGACCUGUUUGUUUUACUUGGUCACAAUCCAGGGUCAUCCACAAGUCAUACAUAGAAACAUGGAAGAUAGGAGCAGGAGGGGGCCCUUUGAGCCUGCUCUCCCAUUCUUCACUAUCAUGGCUGAUUGUCCAACUCAAUAGCCUAACCCACUUUCUCCCCUUAACCUUAGAUCCCUUUCACCCCAAAUGCUAUAUCUUGUUGCCUCUUGAAUACAUUUGGUCACACCAUUCAGCCAAAUCAGAACAAAUUAGGAGUUCAGCAAUGAUUAAUAUAGCGGGUGCAGAUGUACUGUGAAUCACCUUAGCUUCCUAACAUAGUCUCGUUUAUUCCCUCUGUGGGGCUUUGGAGCUCCUUUGUGCACUGCUCUUUUGCUUUUUCUUAAGUUUUGAACAAAUCAGUUUCUUUCCAUUUUAUUUUCUCUACACAAGUUUUCAAGCCAGUAUGUUGUGAAAAUUGAGUGUGUGGCAUUCAGCACAUUGUCCUUUCACAUGAAAAUCUCUUAACUGUUUCUGAUCAGUCUUCUCAAACCCGCAACCACCAAACUGGUAACAAAUUGGCAACUCACGCAUGAUGCACAUGUUAAAUGAGAGGUUGUUGGUUAGGAGAAAUGGAACUCUACCAGUCCAGAAGAGAGUGGCUUCUUGCACAUUUUGAGACAAAAUAAAAGCUUUUCUAGUAGGAGGUGCCUCCUGUCGAAACUAGGGAAUGAACAGGUAAAAUAUUUCACUUCUCCACAUUAGUUUGUUUUACAAUCUUAAAACAACAAUGCAAACAAAAAUAAAGUGAGUGACCUAUUUUACCUCCUUGAUAGAAGCACCACACUUCCAGGGUCACAGUUUAGUCAAUCUCAUCGUGAAGUAAUCUUUUUGCAGGAACUCCGAAGUGACAGUCUAAUUGGAACCAGGUCUCCAUCUUAACACAGUUCUAUGAGAAAUCUUGGCGAGGCUUUCUCGCAUCACUUGGCCUUGACACUGGUGUGUAAUUCCAGCGUUGUGCCAAUCUGCAUUAUUUUUUAAAAGUGAUCUCAUAGGCACUUUAUAAACUGAUGUUUUUCUUUUUGAAACUACUUGCAGGUUGCUGUGCGUGAACAAUUCCAUUCAGUCAUUAUAAAUCAGGUGUUGCUGGAUGUGAACUGAUUUUGCAGUUUCAGUCUUGGACUGGUAGCAUGAUAUUGUUGGCCUUAGAAUACAGUCAGACCUUACAUUUCUUUUUAAAUAGCAAGGUUCAGAAUCAUGACUCAGGAGUACUGUACUGUUGGAAAAUGAAGCUUCUAACUGAGGUGAAACUGAAUUUUGUUUAAUGUUUAAAUAUUUGGCUGUAUUUUACAUACAGCUUAAAUAAAUCAUUUGCAUUUAUAUUGUACCAUUGUCGUCCUCAUGCUAAACCAGAUGAUUGGUUUGUUACAUUGGUAUGUUUUUGUGAAUUUGCAUGGUGGAUACACACAGCAUAAAUGCUAUAGUAGCUGUGCAAAUACAUAACAUGCAUACUAUGAUCUUUCAGUCUCAUUGCAUCAGUUCAUUUAAUCUUGAGUUCUUUAGUAGUGUAAAGCUAUUACAUUCUCAAUUGUUGCACUCCUCAAACAAUGUGACUUUUAGAAAAAUAAACUGGCUGUAUCAAUCGUGGAUCGGUAAUAACAUGUUUCUUUUGUUAGAGUGUUGUGUUUAGCUGAUGGGAAUGUGACAAUUACUCCUUUAUCUAAUAACUAGGUACCACAAAUUAAGAUAUACUUUUUUUUUCUAAUACUAAACUUGAGCACAGAUCCAGGUUAACUUAUUUUCAAUGGGUUUUGAUUAUAAGGAGCAUUUGAACUUUGACUAUUUUUGAUAGGGAACAUUAGCUUUUGAUGAUGAGUUAAGGUUCAAAACUUGAGGUCAGUGCGUAUGAUAGGUGGCAUUCCAGUUUUUAUAAGAGAUCAUUUGAAUGUUUGCCUGGUAUUUUACUACAUAUUACGUACUACAAGAGCACUGAAUUCUGAUAAAUUGGGCAACUUUAAAUAAUCCUUGCACUAGUCUGUAGUCUAUUUGGAACAAAGUGGAAUUUUCCACUUUGUUUAUCUGAUUCUCUUCUGAA